UAAACAAUUUUAUGAUACAGAUCGUUAUUAGUUUUAUUCCAGUAAAUAGUUUUAAGUUUAGUGGACGUUCGUUAACUUUUGAAUUUCCAUCCCAUAUUGUAGACGAUAUUUACUCUAUCGGUUUGAGUGGCAUACGUAUAUCGUUAAUACUUAUAGAUUAUCACGGGUCUUAACUAUGCGUCGUGAGUGCAUGAUUUUGUUAUUGCUAAAUCUUUCGGAACAUUUCACCAAUGGAAAUAAAACUUGCGUCAAAGAUGAAGAGAAAAGUUUAGAAUGGUGGAAAACUGCGGUUUACUACCAAGUCUAUCCAAGAUCAUUUAAGGAUAGCAAUGGUGACGGUAUAGGAGAUCUUAAAGGGAUUGAAGAGAAAGCUGAACACUUCAAAGACAUAGGAGUGGACUGUGUUUGGUUAUCACCCAUUUUUAAAUCACCUAUGGCUGACUUUGGUUAUGAUAUUUCGGAUUAUAAUAUGAUUGAUCCCGUAUAUGGCACAAUGGAUGAUUUUAUUUCGUUGCAGAAAAAAUUGCAAUCUUUGGGCAUUAAAAUUAUUUUGGACUUCGUACCUAAUCAUUCAAGUGAUGAACACGAAUGGUUUAAAAAGUCUGUGGACAAAAUUAUGCCAUACAAAGAUUAUUAUGUAUGGAGAGAUGGUAAAUGCGAUGACAAUAGUUCGAUAACGCCACCAAAUAAUUGGCAAAGUUUAUUCAGUAAUUCAGCAUGGACAUGGAAUAAAAAACGUGAACAGUAUUAUUUACACCAAUUUGACCGUAAACAACCAGAUUUAAAUUACAGAAAUAAAGACUUGGUUAAAGAAAUGAAAAACAAUUUGAGGUUUUGGUUGGAUCUUGGUGUAGAUGGAUACAGAGUAGAUGCCGUACCGUUUUUGUUCGAGCAUCCAGACUUUUUAGACGAUAUCAGAAAACCAGAAGAGCUUGCCAAAAAAGAGAAAAAUACUUAUGAACAAUAUUAUCAUCCCUAUACAAUGGAUUUAGAUGAAACGUAUGAUAUGAUUAGUCAGUUUAGGGACGUUAUGGAAGAAUACAAACUGAGAGACGGAAAAACCAGAGUUAUGAUAACUGAAGCAUACACUUCCAUGGAAAACACUAUGAGAUAUUAUGGUGAUGAGACCAGUUUGGGAGCACAUAUGCCAUUUAAUUUUGGAUUGAUCGAUCGACUAAAUGAAUAUUCGAACGCCACUAAAUUCAACGAAGCGAUAAAUAAUUGGUUGGACAAUAUGCCUGAGGGAAAAUGUGCGAACUGGGUGAUCGGGAACCACGACAAUCCGCGGGUGGCCACCCGGUUUGGCGGAGAAAUGGUGGACGCCAUGAACAUGCUGAACAUGUUGUUGCCCGGCGCCGCGUUCACGUACAUGGGCGAGGAGAUCGGCAUGUCGGACACGGUCAUCCGCUGGGAACAGACGGUGGACCCGAGGGGCCGGAACGCGGGACCCGACGGUUUCCGGACAUUGAGCAGGGACCCUGCCAGGUCACCGUACCAGUGGAACGCCAGUGCCAACGCCGGGUUCACGGUAUCCUCAUCGAAACCAUGGUUGCCGGUGAACCCCAACUACUGGAAGCUGAACCUGGACGCGCAGCGCAAGCAGCACUGCAGCCACUACACCGUGUACAAGCGGUUGGCCAAGCUCCGGAAGACCCGGACGGUGCAGCGCGGUUCGUUCGACGGCAGAGAGCUGUCCCAGUGGGUGUACGCGUUUACGAGGUCACUGCCAUCAGCAGAAACUUACCUGGUGGUAAUGAACGUGGGCUCGGAGGACGAACGUGUCGACUUGAGUAAUUGGCCAACUUUGGAAAAAGACCAAACGUGGCUGGUACACACGCCAAGCGUCAAUUCACAAUACUCAAUAGGAUAUUCACUUAAAACAAAUGGAUUCACAUUGAGACCAAAAUCUGCCAUGGUUUUGUGUAACAAAAGACAUCCAUCGUCAUCCUCGUCAACAACCCCGUCGAUAUCUCCAUCUUCGCUGGUGUUUCCAGUGGCAAUGUUCGUGGUCGCCUUGAGUUUCAUACUUGCCAACCCGUAGUCGUCACUCAUCUAUAAACAUUGAUUAUUUCUAAGAACGCUAAUUUAUUCGAAAAAAACGCCACCUCCAAUUUUUGAAAAUAUAAAUUAGAAUAUAGAUACAAUACCUACAUCAUUGUAGUUUUGAAA